GCUGCAUGGUCCCUGCAUACAGGGCUGGCUGCCUGUGCCAGGGCAGUGCCCAGCCUGACUGCCUCAGCCUGGGGAUCUGCCAUUUGGCGCAGGAUUGACUGCUUGGAGAUAUAGGAACCCAGCCUGCUGAUUUGUGGCAAGAUAUGACAAAGGAAAGGCACUGACCCCCCCAGUCUUCAGCUGCCAGGGAUCAGGGCAAAUUGGUUGGUGACUUGUUGGCUGGCCACAAAGCGGGAAAGGCAGCUGCGUUGAAGACAAUGACUCACACGUUUUUGCUGUACUGCUUAGUGUUUCUUUUGCCCACAGAGUCCUGCAGGACAUUAUGCCAGGCUGCCAGCAAAAGCAAGGGGAAAGUGUCUGCCAAGCCACACGGUGCAUGUGAUGGGGUCUGUGUGGACAAUUCUCAUUGCAGUCAACCUUGCCCUCCAGAUACUCCGGGAAAUAUGGGGUUUUUAUGUAAACAAAAUAAAUGGCACAAGAUCACUGAUACCUGCCAGACUCUUACCGCCUUCAACAUCUUUGAGGAGGAUUUAAGUGCAGGUCCAUCAUUUGGAAGUAGUAUACACAUAAAUGAAUAUUCUGGAAAGUCCGAGACCAUUGCAGAUAAGUUGAUGCGGAAGUGUCCGCAGGAUUUGUCCUGUGUUGUUAAGAAGAUUCAGCGUUCUCCCCGGAUACCAGGAAACAUCGCUGUCAUCGUGCAGCUACUACACAACAUAUCAACAAUGCUGUCAACAGAAGUGGGUGAAGCAAAGAUGAAAAGUUACAGCACCAUGGCCAACCACAUUCUUGAUAGCAAAAGCAUCUCCAACUGGACCUUCAUCCCUGAGAAAAACAGCAGCUGCGUGCUGCUGCACUCAGUCAACAGCUUUGCAAGAAAGCUACUCAUAAGUAAAUAUCCCAUUGACAUACCGGAUGUGUUUAUUCAUACUAUGUGCACCUUCAUAUCUGGAGAUAACAAUGGAAAGAAUUUAACUUUCUCCAUGAGAGUUAAUGACACCCGCAAUAGUGUCACUGGGAGGGUGUUGAUCAGCAGAGAUGAAGCCCAGAAGGUGCGCUCUCCUUCGCAGGUCGUCAGCAUUGCAUUUCCAACCCUUGGAGCCAUCUUAGAGGCCAGUCUUCUGGAAAAGGUCACCGUGAACGGACUUGUCCUGUCUGUCAUUCUGCCCAAGGAACUUACAAGGAUCUCACUGGUUUUUGAAAAGAUCAGGAAUUCAGAGGACAGCAGGACACAGUGUGUUGGCUGGCACUCAUUAGAGAGCAGAUGGGACCAGCACGCCUGCCAAAUGAUUCAGGAAACCUCCCAGCAAGCUGUUUGCAAAUGUAGGCCAAGCAAGUUGUUUACCUCCUUCUCCAUUCUUAUGUCACCACACACCUUGCAGAGUCCCAUCCUGACUUACAUCACGUACAUAGGCCUGGGCGUUUCCAUUUGCAGCUUGAUCCUUUGCUUGUCCAUCGAGGCCUUGGUCUGGAGCCGAGUGACAAAGACAGAGAUCUCCUAUUUACGCCACUUGUGUAUUGCCAACGUUGCGGCUACCUUGCUGAUGGCUGAUGUGUGGUUCAUCGUGGCUUCCUUUCUUAGUGGUCCAAGGACACACCACAAUGGAUGUGUGGCAGCGACGUUUUUUGUUCAUUUCUUUUACCUUUCUGUGUUUUUCUGGAUGCUCGCUAAGGCACUUCUUAUCCUCUAUGGAAUCCUGAUUGUUUUCCAUACACUGCCCAAGUCAGUCCUGGUGGCAUCUCUCUUUUCCGUGGGAUACGGUUGCCCUUUGGUCAUUGCUGUUGUUACAGUUGCUGCCACUGAGCCUGGCAAAGGCUACCUACGGCCUGAGGCCUGCUGGCUCAACUGGGACAUGACCAAGGCCCUCCUGGCCUUUGUGGUCCCAGCGCUGGCCAUUGUGGUAGUAAACCUGAUCACGGUGACACUGGUGAUUGUCAAAACCCGGCGAGCUACCAUUGGCAGUUCCAUGUUCCAGGAGGUGAGAGCCAUCGUGAGAAUCAGUAAGAACAUCGCCAUCCUCACACCACUGCUGGGCCUGACCUGGGGAUUCGGAAUAGCCACAGUCAUCGAUGAUAACUCCCUGUUCUUCCACAUCCUCUUCUCCUUGCUUAAUGCUUUCCAGGGCUUCUUCAUCUUGGUGUUUGGAACAAUCCUGGAUCCAAAGAUAAGAGAAGCCUUAAAGAAUCGAGUAACUUCUGCAAAAUGGAUCUCCAGAAUAUCAGAGAACCUUUCUUCUGAUUUCUCUUGUCGCCACACCAAAGGGCCAAGCUAACAAACCAGGCCACACUCCUAACUUGGGAGGUCAUACAUUCCACGAAUGGCAGAACCCCCAGGAGAAGUGUGUUUAUUCCUGUCGUCUGGCCCCUGGGGAGUAUGAAGACAGCUUGUGGUGCUGAUUGAGGAGGGCGUGACUACGGAAAGGAUGGAAGGCCCCUCUGUCUACUUCUGUGCUGCUAAUCGCUUCUCUCUCAUCAACUGUCAACACAUAUAUGCCAUUCUGGGCAUCUACAGGGAACAGAAAGACAAAGUGGGCCACAACAGGGCCUUAAUCUUGUCGAGGCCUCUGGAAAAGCACUCUGGCUCAUUUUGACAAAGGUGCCCUGGGAUGUCACCUGGCUGGAUUCUGUGGGUUGCUGAGGGAGGGGCCCUCACCAACAGUUGGGCUGACUCUAAGUAGGUCAUUGCUGGCUCUCUGUACCAAAGGAAUCCUAUUGCCAGCAUAUUCCACUCCUCCAAAUUUAAAUGGUUGCAUGGUCAACCUGGCUUGGGCUUCAAUGCAACUUUUGUUUUUGGCUGUGAACCAAGUGAAAUAGGUAGAGCUUUUGAACCAGAAAGAUGCUCAUUUUAAGUUAAGGAGACUGAAGCCUAGAGCAAUGGGUCACAGCUAAUCAAGGCUUGAGCCAAAGGCAAAAACCCAAGUCUGCAGGCUUCUAGUCCUGGGCUUUCUUCAAAGGCAAGACACUGCUGAAGGACACUGUCUACUCUGACAAUAUAAUUAACCCUCACCAACAGCAUGUUUUGUUUUAAACCUGGGAUGAGAAAGGGGAAAUAUCAUGUUUCAAGUAGAGAGCUGCUCAUUUUCUUAUCUUUGUAUGUAAACAAAUUCAUCAUUCAAAGCUCAUUUUCUUAUCUUUGUAUGUAAACAAAUUCAUCAUUCAAAGCAGGUCCCGCCUAAUAGGAGAUCAGUAUUACAGAUAGAAGCCCUUUUUUAAGAAAGAAAGAAAGAAAGAAAGAAAGAAAGAAAGAAAGAAAGAAAGAAAGAAAGAAAGAAAGAAAGAAAAAAUGCUCCUUUAUAAAAUGAGUACACAGGUUGAUGAAUCAGAAGAAAAAUUAGUGGAUAAAGAAAAGGGGUCAAUGGAUAGCCCCUAAUUAUCUUACCAGAAGCCUGCAUUAAUGAUGUUACAUUACAAAUGGAAACACAAGACUCACUUUGUGAAUGAGUGGGAUCUCUCUCUCCUUCUCUCUCUUACAAAAAAUUUCCUCUAAGUAGGACAGUUUGAGAAAGUUAAAUUGUAAUAAAGAAGUCCAUCAGAAGGUAGAAAAAAAUACACCAAUCUGGAGAAGGAGUCAUCGUUCAAGUGGCAUUGCUCAUGUCGGGACGACAAUUGUCCCUGUCUCCAAUGAAGGCAGAAACGACAUUCCCAGUAUUUCUGUGGGGUCUCUUCAAGGAAAGGGUGUGGGGACAGGCACAGUGUGGGUUCUCGAUGCACAGAUUUCAGUGCAAAGAAAUGUCCUUUACCCAGAGUGGAUACAUGGAAGUGAGGAGGGAACUCUGAUGAAGCCAAAUAGCUAUAAGAAUGUGAAUCUGGAACUUUAGAAAGGACUGGGUCCAAUUGUCCCAUUUUACAGAUUAGAACUCUAAGCCUGAGAGGGUGGGGGAAAGGGAGAAAGAGAGAGAGAGGACAUUCAUCCGCAUUGUGCAUUGAGCAGUCACAUCUAGCAUGAAAGCAUACUCUACUCCAAUGUACUCACACCCUACAACAGGAUGGCAGGGUAAACAUUCUACCUAGGGAUUAUUAUUAACCAAGAAAGGCCCAUGGAUGCUAAGAGAGAAACUCCGGAAUUAUUUGGAAAUCCCCUGAGCAAGCUGUGCCCUCUCCCCUGCAGCCUACCACCCAGUCUGCUCCAUCCUGAAAGAUGUCAAUAAACUUGCACAGACCAGCUUGGCUGUGGAUGACUCUGGGUGGAAACGCAUUCUAUGUCCUGUUCACACCUCACCAAGGAAGUGACUGGUCAGGUGGCUCAAGGAAAAAUUGGUGCUAACAGUGUCUAAGACAGAGGCAUAGUGAGAACUCAUUGGCAGGUAUUUAAAUUUCUUGGACUUUAAUUUUUUUACCUAUACAUUGAGGAAACUAGAGCCUACCUCAUAGGGUUGUUGUAAAGAUUAGAUGAACAUUUGGAGGUAAAGAGUAGAAUAGCACAUGGCAAAUAACAGUUGGCCAUUAAAAUGUGAGCAGUUUUCAUGAGAGUACCUGUGAAUUCAUGCACACACACAAGCACACACAAGUAAGCACACAGCUAUAACCUUGAGUUUGACUGGAGACACUCCCAUGGGAGUUAGUCCAGUGACUUCUAAAUAAAAGUUAAGUAUUUCAUUCAGCCAAUAAAGUCUGCUGAGCUUGCCAUUGACUGACCCUUUCAUCCAAUGUUACCAGGGUCGUAAGAUAUAGUUCCUUGCCCAGGACCAGUAUACAUAAUGGUUCUACUCAGGGCACCCUGCGUCUGAGUUCUGCUUCACUCUGUGCCUUCUCUGUGAAAGCUCUCUUGAUUCGUCUGAACAGAGUGCUGACUCUCCCCUCCUGGUUUCCUGGAAUAUUUAUAAUCUGUGCCAUUCACUUCGUGUUUAGUAUUUAUUGUGCUACAUUGUUUACUUUCAGUAUUUUUUGUGUGCAUAUAUUUUCUAGAUACCUCUGUAGACCUUUGGGGACAGGAUUACUGACCUUUGUGAUUUACCAUGUUACUCGCUUUUGUAUGUCCAAAUGCAGACCAAGGCACCGUGCCCAUAGAAAAUGUUCAAUAAAGUCCUUUGA